UCUGUGGUGAAAUAGGGGAAAGUAUUCAUGUAGGCAUCGGAAGGACCCUUACUCUGAACUAUAAGGUGGGAAGCUGAUACUGGGUACAGCUUACUCCCGGACCCGCGGCUUGAAAGUUGUGAUAUCAUCCUCGAACCAUCAGCUUUGAAAUUUAAAAAACAAUGGAGAAGACUCAAGAAACUGUCCAAAGAAUUCUUCUAGAACCUUACAAGUACUUACUUCAGUUACCAGGUAAACAAGUGAGAACAAAACUUUCACAGGCGUUUAAUCAUUGGCUAAAAGUUCCAGAAGACAAGCUACAGAUUAUCAUUGAAGUGACAGAAAUGUUGCAUAAUGCCAGUUUACUCAUCGAUGAUAUUGAAGACAACUCAAAACUCCGACGUGGCUUUCCAGUGGCACACAGUAUCUAUGGAAUUCCAUCUGUCAUCAAUUCUGCUAAUUAUGUAUAUUUUCUUGGCCUAGAGAAAGUCUUAACCCUCAAUCACCCGGAUGCAGUAAAGCUCUUUACCCGCCAGCUUUUAGAACUCCAUCAGGGACAAGGCCUAGAUAUCUACUGGAGGGAUAAUUACACUUGUCCCACCGAAGAAGAAUAUAAAGCAAUGGUGCUGCAAAAGACAGGUGGACUGUUUGGAUUAGCAGUAGGUCUCAUGCAGUUGUUCUCUGAUUACAAAGAAGAUUUAAAACCACUACUUGAUACACUUGGGCUCUUUUUCCAAAUUAGGGAUGAUUACGCUAAUCUACACUCCAAAGAAUACAGUGAAAACAAAAGCUUUUGUGAAGAUCUAACAGAGGGAAAGUUCUCAUUCCCUACUAUUCAUGCUAUCUGGUCAAGGCCGGAAAGCACCCAGGUGCAGAAUAUCUUGCGCCAGAGAACCGAAAACAUAGAUAUUAAAAAAUACUGUGUACAUUACCUUGAGAAUGUAGGUUCCUUCGAAUACACUCGGAAUACUCUUAAAGAGCUUGAAUCUAAAGCCUAUAAACAAAUUGAUGCUCGUGGUGGAAACCCUGAGCUAGUAGCUCUAAUAAAACACUUAAGUAAAAUGUUCAAAGAAGAGAAUGAAUAAUGUUAAGCCAUUCUCGACUAGGCCUGAUACUUAGUUGACUUUUUUUGUCUUUUGACCCGUUACCUUUUAAAAAAAUUGGACCAAGCUGUUAGUCUCCAAAAAUUGAGUGAUAAUGAUGAUGUGAGUAAGGUUGUUUCCAUUUAGAAUUCCUGUGUACAGAUAAUCAUCAUAGUACAAAGCUGUAGGAAUCAAAAGGAGCCACAUUUAAAUAGGUCUGAUUUGAAUGUCAGAAUGUG